AAAUCUAAAUCAGUAAUCUUUGGUUGACGAUUGACCCAUUGGGGAAGGGAGUGCAAGUGGUCUAUUAUUGGCAGUUUGGCACUAAUUAUUUUCCGUUGCUUGUUUUCUUUUUUGUUUUGCCCUUGAACUAAUUAUAGGACAAGAAAAGGAAACUUUGAUUGAUGCCCCAUAAAUUAGGGAUGGUUUUCUAUAAAUUGUUUUCAAAAUUCUGUUAAUAAGAAUUUUGGAUUGCGAUGGGACGUUUAUUGUGCUUGUCCAGAAGAAUAAGAAUGCGCAUCAAGAGAAAAUUUCAAAUUGACGUAUUGUGGGUGAUGAAAUGAGACCAGUGCUGGCUGCAAAGAAGAACAAAUGUGGCUUCCAACUCCUAAGGCUUCAGGGAUCAAAAAGGGAGGAGGAGGAGCAGGAAUAGGAGGAGGAAAUGGGUUGGUGGCCGUGGCUAUAGAUAAGGAUAAAGGAAGUCAAUACGCUAUUAAAUGGGCCGCUGAUACUCUUCUUACCAGGGGCCAAACUGUGAUUCUAAUCCACGUUUUGCACACAACAUCCUCACCUGUUUCCAGAGGUAGCGAUGCCAUUAUAUGUAACAUCAAUAAUAGUUCAUCUGCAUCGCCUCAAAGACACCAAAUUGAUAAUACCAUCAAGGAUUUGUUUCUUACCUUCCAUUGCUAUUGUACACGCAAAGAUAUACAUUGCCUUGAUGUCCUACUUGAGGACACUGAUGUUGUGAGAGCAUUAACAGAAUAUGUCUCCUAUGCUGCAAUUGAGAAUUUGGUGGUAGGUGCAACAUCAAGGCAUGGAUUUAUUCGGUUUAAGCACUCAAGUACACCAAGCAGCAUAUCAAAGGGGGCACCAGAUUUCUGUACUGUUUAUGUCAUUUCUAAGGGGAAAAUCCACUCAGUUCGGAGUGCUUCUCGUCCAUCCGCACAUACUUCCCCACUUUUGAACCAUAUACAUAAUCUAAAUAACCAAGAUGGAAAUCAAUCUAAUAUAUGCUCUCGACGCAUGACUAUGAGAGAUCACAGACCUUCAAUGAAAUCUCAUGGUCAUGGCUGGCAGGAUGAAUACAUGAACAGGUCUCCAAUUGGAAGAGGAAAAGGCAUGAAUGGAAUGGACUUCGCAGAAUCAGAUACAGACAUAUCGUUUGUAAGCUCGGGGAGGCCAAGCAGUGCAUGUUCAUCCUCUAUUUAUGACUAUAUUGACUCAGGUCGAACCUCACGAAUUUCCACCAGUUCUGAUCGUAGCUUUGGAUCAAACCGAUUAGGCCUCAAGUUCAAUGACCCCAGUUCAUUAGAUAUGUCAUUUUCACAAGAAAGCUGUAGAACAUCAUGCUCAUAUUCAUCUCAGAACAUGGAUGAAGCAGAAGCAGAUAUGAAGAGGCUGAAGCUUGAGUUGAAGCAAACGAUGGAAAUGUACAGUGCAGCAUGCAAAGAAGCACUUAACGCACAACAGAAGUUAGUGGAGCUGAGCCACUGGAGAAUCGAGGAAGAAAAAAAAAUAGAAGAGACACGGUUGGCCCAGGAAGCUGCGCUGGCAACUGCAGAGAAAGAGAAAGCUAGAAGUAAGGCAGCAAUAGAAACAGCUGAAGCAGCUAGAAAAAUUGCAGAGGUGGAAUCAAAAAGAAGAGCGAAUGUUGAAGUUAAGGCUCUUAAGGAAGCAGAGGAAAUGAGGUCUUUACUGGAAAAUCUAGCCCAAACUGACAUAAGAUAUAGGAGAUACAGUAUUGAAGAGAUUGAAGCAGCGACAAACUUCUUUUGUGAAUCUCAGAAAAUCGGGGAAGGAGGUUAUGGCCCUGUUUUUAAAUGCUACCUUGAUCACACUCCAGUGGCUGUGAAGGUUUUACGUCCGGAUGCUGCUCAAGGAAAGUCACAGUUUCAGCAAGAGAUUGACAUUUUGAGCUGUAUGCGGCACCCAAAUUUGGUGCUUCUUCUAGGAGCGUGUCCAGAGUAUGGCAUAUUGGUUUAUGAAUAUAUGGCAAAUGGAAGCUUAGAAGAUUGUCUGUUUCAAAAAAUGAACAGCAAGGCUCUGUCUUGGCAAUUGAGGUUCCAAAUUGCUGCAGAGAUAGCAACAGGCUUACUAUUCCUCCACCAGGCGAAGCCUGAACCUUUGGUGCACCGUGAUUUGAAACCCGGCAACAUUUUGCUAGACCAUAACUGUGUAAGCAAGAUAAGUGAUGUUGGGUUGGCAAGACUUGUCCCUGUGGUGGCAGAAAAUGUGACACAGUGCCGCAUGACAUCAGCAGCUGGAACUUUCUGUUAUAUUGAUCCUGAGUAUCAGCAAACAGGAAUGCUUUGCGUCAAGUCCGAUGUUUAUUCUCUGGGGAUCAUAUUUCUACAGUUAUUGACAGGAAGAGCUCCAAUGGGAUUGGCUCACCAAGUUGAACAGUCUAUAGAGAAGGAUACAUUUGCAGAAAUGUUGGACCCUUGUAUUAAUGACUGGCCUCUUGAUGAGGCCUUGUGCCUUGCAACUACAGCACUCAAGUGUGCAGAACUCAGGCGAAAAGAUCGCCUAGAUCUUGGGAAUGAUGUGCUGCCGCAGCUCAAUAAAUUGAGAGACUUUGCCGAAGAAAAGAUGAGUCCCAUCUUUUUUGGAGGCACCAAUUGCCACAGUAGUCAAGCUUCAACCCAACAGGAUGUGAUGAGCGACCCACGGCUUGUCCAUUCAGGAAGCUCAAGGAGUCCAUCAAGUCCAUCAACACCCACAGAAGGAGAACCUUAAGAUUGCAGCCGGCAAUAAAUCAAGUUACUCAGCUCCAGUACUCAUGAUAAUCUACAUGUACAAAAAGAAUGCAUUUUGUUUGGGGUUGUGUAACAUUCCCCAGGGGUUCUUUAACAUUUGAGAUAAGUAAAUCUUGUUACUCUAGGCAUGUAAAUGAUCCAUCAUUUAAAUUAGAUCCCGAUGUGUGGUGUGAAAAAGAUCGAGGAGGCAUUAUGUAAAUAUGUUAGGGACUUGGAUUGUAUAUCACUGUAAAUAAACUAGGGGUGUAAGCGGGUACAUUCCGAUCCGCGAAUCCGAUCAAACCAAUCCGAACCGAACACAUUAUGGUGGGUUGGAUUAGAUCAUUGGUUCGGUUUGAAUUUUUUUACUGCAUCCGAUCACCAUCGGAUUUGGGGAUUGAAAAAUCGAUCGAUCCAAACCAACCCAAUGAAUUAAGAAUUGUUAUUUACAUUCAUCUAAACAUUCCAGCCCAUUACAUUGUCUAUGUAUAUUUGUAUUGGAUAUGUUGGUUUUAUUUGAAUUAUAUGGAUUAUGUCAUUAUUGAA